AUAAUGCCGAUCAGACUGAUCUGAGCAGUAAACCAUAUACGCCCAAAAGCCUGGGAAUUUCAAGCCCCUUUCAUCUUCGCCCAUCCCAUAUACGAUUGAAACCCUAACAUUUUCUUUUAAUUUCACGCGUUUCUACUGCCUUUCAUCCACGGAUUCGAUUUAAUCAAACCGAAAUUUAACAGCUUUUGUUAGAAUUAGCAUCGGCAGAUCUACGAUCGAUGGCGAAGGAAUUCAAAGCACCGCCGGUUGUAUUCCCGUCCGGGGGAACACCCGGCACACAGCAACGUCGUCCGCCGACGGCGCCGUUUCAGCCGCCCAUCUCUUCGAACCCCAACUUGCCGUUCAUGUCCUUCGACAUCGGUUCCGCUGCCGCGUCCACCUCGUUCUCCACCCCUCAGUUCGCAUCAACCACCAUCGGCGGCGGAUCCAAUGGAUUCGAGGACGAGCCGCCGCUCCUCGAGGAGCUCGGGAUCAACACCAAGCAAAUUUACCAGAAAACUCUGUCGAUUCUCAACCCUUUCCGAGUCAAGGCAGAUCUUCACGAAGAUGCCGAUCUUUCCGGUCCGUUUCUGUUCCUGAUCGCGUUCGGGCUAUUCCAAUUGCUUGCAGGGAAGUUCCAUUUUGGAAUCAUCCUGGGAUGGGUGGUCAUGGCUUCUGUUUUCCUGUAUGUGGUGUUCAACAUGCUCGCCGGACGAAAUGGGUCCUUGGAUCUGUACAGAUGUGUCAGCUUAGUGGGCUAUUGUAUGCUGCCCAUUGUGAUAUUGUCAGCAGUAUCCUUGUUCUUGCCCGGAGGGGUUGCAAUUAAGGUUGUUGCCGGUGUCUUUGUCAUAUGGUCCACCCGUGUUUGCACCCGUCUUGUGGUCGAGCUGGCAUUGUAUGGGGAUGAACACCGUGGGCUGAUUGCGUAUGCCUGUUUCUUGAUAUACAUGCUUUUCUCUUUGCUUGUGAUAUUCUGAUCCACUAUACAUGUGGUACUUGGUUGUUGUGUGUUUGGGUGUCUAUCUGUCAUGAAUAUGUUAUAGUAUUCGGUAUGGCUUUCAAGUUUCAAUGAUGCAAAAUCCAUCUUUCAGUAGGGGUAUCAUUGGCUGAGAUUGAAUUUUGGAUCAUUUGAUUUUUCUGAACACUAUUGCUGAUAAUCUAAUUCAUAUUCUCAAACCAUUGGUUUAAUUCUUGCCUGCAAAUUUGUGUUUACCUCUGCUCACAACUUGCAUUUAGUGAGCAAUCCAUUUUUCACAAGUGAGCAUAUAGUUCCCUAUUGAAAAAUGGCAGUUGUAUAGCAUUCAUAUUUUUACUGUUUUAUCAUAUAAUAACUCUUGAUUAUAUGAUGAGGUGCCUUAUGUUUACAUAUGUUCUGAUCUAUCUUCUUUGUAUAGUGUUGUCAGAUCAUUUAGUCAUAAAAGUUUACUGCUGUAAUACUCAAGUCUUAGACCCCUCUUGUAAGGGUUCUUUGGCUAAAAUGGUUGAAUUACAUGCAUUCUCUAAUAUGAAAACCUACUCAUUCCGUUGAUCAAAUAAGCAGAAUAAGGUAAGUUGAAUGAGAACGGUUGUUCUUUGAACCAUUCUUCCUCUCCAUUUGAGCCAACUCCAUUGCUAGAAAUCACUCUACCAUGUAUUUUCUCUCUAAGUUCAUAUUACUUGUCCAUUUUACUAUUUCGAUAUCAGAAUUACAGGGUUUGAUUCAGCCGGUUGAAGUUAUACCGAAGACACGAUUUAGGCUCAUCUCUGCCGGACACAAUAAUCAGGUCUUGUACAAUACUUCCUCGGUCCCAACUCCCAUCACUAAAGCCCCGGUUUGACAUCACACAUUAUGACAAAUUGUUAAAGUGAAGUUGUCUUUUCAAAUUUGCUCCGAAUAUGAUGACUAUGAUGUGUUGUGGUUAGAAUAAAAUAGAAAAUGUAAU